AUGUCCGCCUUCGACCUCUGGACCCACGAGUUCUGCCUCGGCUGCGACAAGCAGACUGAUGGCACCGCCUACUGCUCCGAGUCCUGCCGCCUUGCCGAUUUCGAGAAGACGUCGACGCCCAGCUCUGUUGCCAGCUCGCCCGGUCUCAACACCCCCUCCUACCCUUGGGGUUCGAGGCCACAGGUCAAUAGCUUCCACCUCUCGCCCGCCUACGACUUCUCCAAUGCUCAGCCGUACGGAAGCACGCCCACCAGACAGUCCUAUCUCUCUUCCCCGAGGACGUCAUCCACCCGCCGUACUCUGACCACCUCGAACUCGAACUCGAGCCUCUGCUCGAUGCAGAGCACCACCUCGUCCAACGUGGACGCCAGCCACCUGUCAGACAAGGCCAAAAAAGAAUUGCAGGCCUAUGCCGUGUCGUUUGAGCAGGCCAGACUCCAGCGACGACGAUCCGCCUAA